AUUGUCAGGUGACACUCAUAUGAUCCAUCGUACAACAAGCCAAAGCAAAGCAGAAGCAGGCAAAUGAUUGUGGGUAUCUGUGUACCAAGCAAGUCCCAAACAGUCAAUGAACAGCCAAACAACGACCAUCCAACUUCUUUCGUUUCCCCGUCUCGUCGACGUGGUAUAUGUCUGUCUAUAUAUCCCCACAAGAGGCCCCUUUGCUUCAAAGAAAAGUUACAAGACUGUGCUGCGCAGCACCAGCGCCAGCACCAACUCAUCGAUCGAUCUCCCUCUCCAAUGCCGUCUUUCAUCGACGGCCCCACUUUCCGGUCGCUGCUCCGGCCGUCCACCAAUGGGCGCCGGACGACGACAAAGAUCUCCGACAGCGGCGGAGGCGGCGGCGGCGGAGGCAGCAGCAGCGGCGGCGGGAUCUUCAAGAUAUUCAAGCUCAUGCCCAUGCUCUCGUCCGGCUGCAAGAUGGUGGCGCUGCUCGGCAAGCACAACAGCCGUGCGCUGCUGGCGGACCACGCCACGACGGUGACGCUGUUCGGCCACCGCCGCGGCCGCGUGAGCCUGGCGAUCCACGAGGACACCCGCGCGCCGCCGCUGUUCCUCAUCGAGCUGCCCAUGCUGACGAGCGCGCUGCACCGGGAGAUCUCGUCGGGGACCGUCAAGCUGGCGCUCGAGAGCGACACCCGCAGCGCCCGGCGCCGGCUCGUGGAGGAGUACGUCUGGGCCGUCUACUGCAACGGACGCAAGGCCGGGUACGCCAUCCGGAGGAAGGAUGCCUCCGACGACGAGCGCCACGUGCUGCGCCUGCUGCGCGGCGUGUCCAUGGGCGCCGGCGUGCUCCCGGCGGCCCCCGAGAAGGAAGGCGGCGUGCCCGCGGGGCCUGACGGCGAGCUCACGUACGUGCGCGCCCGCGUCGAGCGCGUCGUCGGUUCCAAGGACUCGGAGGCCUUCUACAUGAUCAACCCCGAGGAGGGUGGAAACGGCGGCGACAAUAAUAAUGGUGCCGGAGGAGGCGGCGGCGCGCCGGAGCUGAGCAUUUUCCUAAAAAUGGUGCCUAUCAUCCUAGAAGAUGGCAGAAUUCAUAUGAGCAGUGAUGGAAGAGCUGUCGAUUAGCUGCGGCAUCAACACAGCAUGGCGGAUGCACGCCCCUUGGGCAGGAUCUGGUCCUCGAAAAUUAAGUUGAUUCGUAUUCAGUGGGGCUGCUUCGUCUUCCGAUCAAGAUGGGCAACCAAUACAUAGGGUUUAGUGUAGUGUAGUCCAUAUGGGCCACAAUGAUCUGUCCGCAUUGAUACAAUAAUUUCUAUGAAUUAAUGCUUUGAUUCUUUUUUCUUUCUGCUAUAAAUUUUGUUAGACCUCCACUCCCUUUUCUUUCGAAAAAGAGAAGACUUUUACUCGUAUAUCAUUAUAAAAGAUGGUAUUAGCCUACA